CCACCCCACCCCCCAAUUCUCAUAUAUUCUUCGUUAAUUAUUAGUAUUAUAUAUUAUUCCUCCCAAUUUGUGAUAUUUCAAUCCCAUGGACAGCACCGGCAGAGACUUACCGGACGGCUCCUCCGGCGGCGGCGGCGCGGCGCCGAGCCGGUACGAGUCCCAGAAGCGCCGCGACUGGAACACCUUCGGGCAGUUCCUCCGCAACCAGCGGCCGCCGGUGGGGCUGUCGGAGUGCUCCAGCAACCACGUGCUGGAUUUCCUCCGGUACCUGGACCAGUUCGGGAAGACGAAGGUCCAUCUCCAGGGCUGCAUCUUCUACGGUCAGCCCGAGCCGCCGGCGCCCUGCACCUGCCCGCUCCGGCAGGCCUGGGGCAGCCUCGACGCCCUCAUCGGCCGGCUCCGCGCCGCCUACGAGGAGAACGGCGGCUCGCCGGAGAAUAACCCCUUCGCCAGCGGCGCCAUCAGAAUUUACCUCAGGGAGGUUAAGGACUGCCAGGCCAAGGCCCGAGGCAUCCCUUACAAGAAGAAGAAGAAACCCGCCGGCGCCGGCGGAGGCUCCGGUAGCGGCAGCAAAACUCCCGACGACGAUUCCAGUUCCUCUUCCAUGCCCUUCUCUUGAAGGAGCUAUGGUAGGAGUGGAAGAAAGCAUGGAUCGGCUGUGUGGAUGAAGGAAUGAAUGAAUCCGAGUAUUAAUUAAUUAAUUGUGUUCUUCUUUGAAUCAUAUCAUCGAUUAUGUACAUAAGAAUGUUUUGGAAUUUUUCGACCAGCUCGUUAUUUUGCGCAUUUUGCAGCUAUUUUGGAAUUUCAUUUAUCUCUUGUGAGAACAUGUAUAAACCCUCAUGAUUUAUGUCCGGCUUAUAUAUAUAUAUAUAUAUAUAUAUAUGAUGUAAGUUUUCUUCUGGAGUUCCAUUGGAUUAAUUGUCUUGCUU